UCAGCUUUAUCUAAACCUAUUUUUGUUAACAAUUUGUUUUAUUCAGAUGACAACCUUUCCAUUUUUUGCAACCCUAAUUUCAUAUCUGGUCCUUCUUCUACCUCUAGUAGCGUACGGAUACAAUAAGUUGGAUAUUACUUCAUGGUGUGACCAAACACCACACCCGGAAUCAUGCAACUAUUUCUUGGCCAAUAAUCAAUAUUCAGGUCAAGUGAAACAAAAAUCUGACUUCAUUAAGGCGUUAUUAAAGGUGACCUUAGAGAGGGCGCAACACGCUGAGUCCAACACUCGUGGGCUCGGCCUAAAAUGUCGCAACAAGCGUGAAAAAGCCGCAUGGGAAGACUGCAUUGAGCUUUAUGAAAACACAGUUGAAAGGCUCAACAUGACUGUUGAUCCUCAUAAGCCGUGUAACCAAUAUGAGAUGCAAACUUGGCUCAGCACGGCUCUCACAAAUGUCGAGACGUGUAUAGCUGGGUUCCGAGAGCUUGGUGUUGGUGGCUACUUGUUGCCUCUACUGAGCAGCAAUGAUGUAUCUUCUUUGAUUAAAAAUACACUGGCCAUGAACAAAGGAGGAUCUCCACCAAGUAGUUACAAAAAAGGAGGGUUCCCAACUUGGGUGAAGCCCGGUGAUCGCAAGCUGUUACAAUCUUCUAAACCUGAGGCGUCUCAGCAGGCUAAUGUUGUGGUGGCUCAAGAUGGUUCGGGUAAUUACAAGACAAUAGGAGAAGCUAUCGCGGCUAAGUCUGGCAGCGGUAGGUAUGUGAUAUACGUGAAAGCAGGUACUUACAAGGAGAAUAUUCAAAUCGGUGCAAAGUCGAAGAACAUAAUGCUAUUAGGAGAUGGUAUUGGAAAAACAAUCAUAACUGGUAGCAAAAGUGUUGGAGGAGGUGCUACCACUUUCAAUUCAGCCACUGUUGGUAUCCUGGGAGACGGAUUUAUUGGUCGUGGCAUCACCUUUAGAAACACUGCGGGACCACAAAACCACCAGGCGGUGGCACUUCGGAGUGGUUCCGAUCUCUCAAUGUUCUACCAAUGCAGCUUUGAAGGCUACCAAGACACACUCUAUGUCCACUCCGAUAGACAGUUCUAUAGAGAAUGUAACAUAUACGGGACUGUUGAUUUUAUUUUUGGUAAUGCGGCCGUGGUUUUUCAAAAUUGCAACAUUUACGCCCGCAACCCGCCUAACAAGAUGAACACUGUGACCGCACAAGGCCGGUCCGAUCCAAACCAAAACACGGGAAUCUCAAUCAUAAAUUGUCGUGUCAUGGCCGCCUCGGACCUCAAAGGGGCCACAGGGUCCGUUAAGACAUAUCUUGGCAGGCCAUGGCACCAGUAUUCAAGGACCGUGUUUAUGAAAACAUUCCUUGAUGGUCUAGUGGACCCCACAGGCUGGAUGCCAUGGAGCGGAAACUUUGCGCUCAACACAUUGUACUAUGGAGAGUACAUGAACACAGGCCCUGGUUCGUCAACUGCAAAACGGGUUAGCUGGAAGGGCUACCGUGUGAUCACUAGCGCCACUGAGGCUGCAAAGUUCACCGUUGGAAACUUCAUUGCCGGAGGUGCAUGGUUGCCUGCGACCAAAGUGCCCUUCACUCCUGGCCUUUAAUUCUCUCAUUAGAUAUAACACUGAGGUGAUAUAUUUUGAAUCCGACAUCAUUAGUUACAUUUAUAAGGCUCAAGAAUAAGGGGUUGGUAAUUCAAAAUCGGACAUCGUUAGUUCAUUCUUUAUGCAUUUAUUAACGGUGAAAUGUAAACAUAUUUUAAUAUUGUAUAAUAUAGU